AUGACGGAUUCUGACGGUACAACAAAUGAAGUGUUGUUUAGAGCUAGAAACGUAAAGAACACAUCUCCGUCGUCAGGAGAGGUGAUCAUAUUUCAAACGGUGUUGACGAAUAUUGGAUCUGCAUAUGACCACCAGUCCGGAAUGUUCACAGCACCUGUUGCAGGACUUUAUAUUUUUACUCUUCAACUUUGUAUAGCAGAUGAGCAAUAUAUAUACUUUGAAAUUGUUGUUGAUGAUGAGCCGAUAUUAAAGAGUGUGGGUGUUGAUGAUUAUAAUAAAUGGAGCACUGGAGAUUCGUUCUCUACUGCCGCAAUCUUGGAGGCCGGAGCAAAGGUUUGGGUGAAGUAUCAUUCUGGAUCUAAGAAAUGUAUUUGUACCAAUACAGACCACUGGAAUAUGUUUCAUGGAUUUUUGGUUCGACAGAAUUAG